UUCUUCUUGCAAAAGACAAUGGUUCUUUCUUUUUUGCUUGAAAAGUUAACAGCUAUUUCAGCUUUGUUUACUUGAGCAUCUGGAACGCUUCCGGAAAUUAGAAAAAAUGGGUGGUUGCAAUGUUUAUGUUUAUGAUUUCGCCUUUCUAAUUGGUUGCAAUGUUUAUGUUUAUGAUUUCGCAUUUCUAAUUGAUUUUCAGAUAUGGAAUAAAUCUGAUCGCAAUCUGAAAAAGUCGCCUUUGGGCCAUGACGACAGCUGGCAUUGGACGAAGGCUUCGAAUAAGAAGAAGACGAUCACAUCUAGGCCCAAGUGCAUCAACCUUUUGGGGCACCGGAGGUAAUUUAAUAGCGGGCGGCAUCUACCUGCAGAACGACUACGACGAAGGAAAAAGGAUUUCGAGAUUGGAAUGCGGCCAUGUCAGCUGGAUUCAGAACUAUUGGUCAGUCGAUAACGCAGACGUUUUUUGCCAGCACGAAGUCUGGAGCUCUUUUCCACGGCCAAACUCGAGCUGUAGUUUGAACUGUCCAGCGACAACAUCACUGUUCUCCUGCCGCAUAUAUUUCCGGAAGCUCCGUAAAGUCGCUCAUAACCAGCGGCAGCCGAAGAAGUUGGAGUUUGCUUUUAGAUAA